AUGGUUCGAAUCACCGAUGCCAUUGCCAAAGACCACCGACUACUCGAAUCCUACUACGAGACAAUCCUCAGCGCCAAGGAUGCCGAUGAGCGGACUCGCUUCCAAAACCAGUUUACCUGGGAGCUAGCUCGACACUCGGUAGCCGAGGAGCUGGUGGUCUAUCCGGCGAUGGCGAAAUACCUGCGCAACGGCGAUCAGCCAGUCGACAAGGACCGGCAGGAACAUCAGACACUCAAAGAACGCCUCAAAGUUUUCCAGGACUUGAACUGCUCUGAUCCGCGUUUCGUUCCCACGAUCACCAUGCUGAUGGAUGACCUCUCCAAGCACAUCCACGACGAAGAGACCAUGGAUCUGGUCAAGCUAGAGGGAGCCAUCACAGAAGAGGAGAGCAAUCAGCUGGCCAAGUCGGUCCGCCGCACCAAAAUCUUUGUACCAUCCCGAGCACACCCCGAAGCACCGGACAGGCUGCCGUUCGAGACGGCAGUGGGGCUCCUGGUGGCUCCAUUCGACCACCUACUUGAUAUCUUGCGUAAGUGGCCGGAUGAUGUGUUCUAUCCAAAUCCGUCCAUGGAUUAG